UUUUUCAUGUGGGGAAGGAGAGAAGAUCAGAGAAUUAUAGAAUCACAGAAUAUCCCAGGUUGGAAGGGACCUCGAAAGAUCAACUGCUCCAACCUUUUGUAGGGGGCCUAGAUGAGAUUAUGUAGCACCCUGUCCAAUUGCAAUGAUAUGGCAAGGCAAAUGACAUAAUCAUCUCAUCAAAAUGCCUAGGUUUUGAAAUACUUCUCCAAAACUUUCUAGGUUUUUGCAGUACUGGAAGAUUACCAGUCUCCUGUUUACAACAGAAGGUCAUAUUUGUAAACAACAUCAUCCUCCCUACCACCAAUUCUAGUUAAGUUUUUUGAGAUUAUUAGAAAACUAAACUUUUUUGGCUGUGUUUGAUGGCACAGGUAGUGACAAUUUCCUCUUAGAGUAUUUGUUUUGUCUAAAUGUUUACUGGUGAAUUCAAAUCUGACUUUUGACUUCUUGUCUGCUUUUAGUUUGGGUUCCACUAGAGGCAGAAUAGGUAAAUGCCAAUAGGUACGUUUGCAUUUUCCCAUGUCCAGUUUUGGUGUCACUCUUUCUUCCUGCUACAAAAAUAGCUAGAAUAUUUUCUGCUCUCCUCUUCAAACUAUCUGUUCUGAGUUGGGUUUAUUUCAGGGACAGAUUGCCAUCAAUCCACUGCAGAACCUUUGGCUGACAUUGAGAGGUUCUUUGGCUUCACCAAUAUAUGGUAGUUGCCAUUGUGGAAUUUAUUUAGUUUGAAAAGGUAAAGCACUGAGAGGUUUCUGUUCUUUAACAAUUUGCCUUCUUUUGCAGUUAUUGUGCUGUUCCCCAGGUGCCGGAAAGACCUUACAUCUGCUUUGUCCAUGUUGCACUGGCCCUUUUGUGGUAGCCAGGGUACCUCGUAAUUUUUUUGCCCCUGCAGAUGACAUGAACCUUUUGUCUUCCUUUUGGCUUUUUUCCUCUGUUUCUCUGCCAUAUGUCUACUAAGAAGACAACCCUGCUGUGUUUAUCAACCUGAUUCACUCUACCCACUUCAGGAGCUGCUUUUUGUUGCAACAAGACCUAGAGAAUAACUGUACUGAAUAUGUCAGCUGCAGUUAUGCUCCCUUUUGCCUUUUGAUUAUCACCUUUAUGAUCAAUGGCACUGUCACAGGUGUUGUUGAAUUGUAAUGAUGCAAUAACAGCACCCAGUGACAGCAUUUGUCAGCCACUUAGUACUUCUCUCUAGGGCCUACGUUACUGCUUUGCCUACAGCAGGUUGCAAUGCGUCUCUCAAAGGUACAAUUAAUACCAAAUAAUUUGAGGUGAUAUCCACUAGACUUCACCAUAUUUAUGGUAACCAAGAUUACUUCUUGUUUCUGGUUUAAGUAUGGCAAUUAGCACUUCGGUUGCCCAUACACCAGCCUAAAAAUCCUUUCAAAUGCUCUGUACACAAAAUGGAGCAGCAUGCAACUCGGACAGGUAUUUUUGCAACAUUGAUCUUGUUUAAUAUAUUUUUCAAUGCAAAUUUGUUAUCUUGGGCAUUUAGUCCUAGCUACCUUGAUUCGGUAAAUGACAGCAUUCUUGGGAGAAUCUGACAAAUCACGCAUUCGUUUCAAUUCUUUUGCUGAAUAACAUACUGUGUAUGCCAUAAAAUUGGUACUCUACAACAACAGUUUAGAGGUUUCCGAAAGAAAUAAUUAUGACAAUAUUCUUCCUCACAUGUAUCACAUACCUGAGAGAGACUUUCAGUGUAUCUGAGGAUUUAUGUAUAUCCAAAAUGGAAGGGUAAUUUUUUUAGAAAUUAGUAAUAUUAAUACAUACAUGCUAACUGCAGCUCAAGCGCAUUACAGAAUGAGAAGGGUAACUUAAUGACCUGAAAAACUGAAACCACUAGUUUUCUGUUAAUAUAUGUUUUUCAAUCUUGGGAUUGUUAUCUAUGGCAUGGUCAUGAAGUAAUUAUUCUACAGUGUUCCUAUUUCGAAAACAUAUUUAAUACAAAAUCUUAUUCAGAGUUUAGUCAGAAAGCAAAGCUGUUUAAGAAAAAUUCUUAUUCCUGUAUGAAAUUGCAUUGGGAAUGUUAUGAUGUUCUCUUACAAUGACAUGGUAUUUUGAGAUAGAUGCUUUCAAUUUUUAUACACUUCACUAGCAACAGUUAGAAAGCAAAGACUAGCAGUUACAAAAAAAUUAAUGAACUAUAAAUCCAUUUUUCAUUUUAGUAAAUGCAUGUUUCAUUAUGUCUUGAGUCCUUACGCAUCUUGCUGCAGCCUAGUACAGAGAAAACUGUGGCAGCUGUAUUAAAUUUUACCACCAGCCUAUUGUGGAGAGAACAGGGCCAGUUCAUCUGUAGUUUUUCUGAGGGAAGAAAAUCUUGGCCUAUGUAAAAAUUCCAGGAUUGAAUAUAUUAGUGGCAUGUAUGGUUCCCUUCCACUUUAUUAGUUUUACUAGACUUAUUAAAAGUGCUAAUUUCUGGUGGGAUUAUUUUCCAAAUGGCCAUAUAGUGUUCAGUACUUCAUGGCAUAACAAAAAUUCUGGUAGUUAUGUCUCAUUUUAACAGUUUCAUUUUUCCCAUUUUACAAACCAGAGGUUCUGCAGAUAGGUCCCAGUGGGAUUAUAUCUGCUAGGUACAGCUUUGUCAUCUCAAUAUACUGCAGUCAAUAUCUGCUUUCAAGUGGUUAUACCCUGAAGAAGAAAUGUAGCAGAAAUGGUUUUCUAUCAUUACAUUUGAGCACAAAAUCUCAUCAAGAAAAGGCUUAACUAUUUGGUGCAUUCCCAGUUGAAGCACUGCAUUUCAAAAAACAAUUAGCAGCGCAGUGUAGAAAAGCACAUAUGCUCCUUUUUCAGAAAAAAAAAAAUAAUAUUUGAGUCGGAGUACCUCUAGAUAUUCUUUUAAGAAUGUGUCUUAUGAAAGGCAAAGUCACAUGGUGAUGAAACCUAGGUUCCUUUGAUCACUUGUGUCCUUUUGAAAAUUUUAUUUUUCCCAAUUGUCAGAAACAGCAGCAAGGUCUUAGAAGGAACCCUCUGGUGCUUAACUGCCCUCAACUCAAGGGGAAGAGAACAGAAUCUAGCCUAGGAUGCUAAGAAUGUGAAUUCUAGUAAUUAAUUUCCACUUUACAAGUCAUUUGUGUGGCAUGGAUAUUUUUACAUCCCAAAUUUGACUACUUGUUUGAGUUUCAUCAUGUAGCCCUUACUAAUUUCAAGUCAAAGCAACUACUUGUCUACAUCUAAUAUAGACACUCGUUACAGGACUUUAAGUCUGGUUUUCUAAGGAAACAAGACUUAUGCACAUGUGUGCGUGCACAGCUGUGUGAAUGUUCGUGUAUGAUCUUUGUUGCUGCCCCUUUCCCCAAUAUCCUGAAUCCAUUUCUGCCAAAUUCAGCAGCGCAAUCAGUAGAGAUCUUAGCAGUACCAGUUUCCUACAAAUGUCAUGAAAACAGGUAGCCAAGGCAAGAAGAGAGAACAGUGCUCCAACUGGAAGAGGAGCUGCAACAUGAACUCAGAGAAUCCAGCCAUGAGCUGUGAAGCCGAAGGAGAGUGGCCUACAUUAGUUCAACUGCCGUAGAAUUUAAUUGCCUUUUCCCCUCAAAGUGCUAGAAUCUAUUCAAGCUACAUACACAAUAUUUAGACUUUUCUGCUUGUCUUCAGAGUUCAGAUUAAAUAGUUGCAAAGAUUUUUCAACACUGUGAGCCUUCUGCUCACCACAGGAAAAUGUGCAACUCCAGAUGGGCAAGUAAUUAUUUGGAUUUAGUUUUUUUCUUGUCUGCAUAUUUCACAGACCAGCCCAGAUAUAUUUAAAAUGUAAUUUCUUCAAAUAUGUAAGGGGAAAAUAAAAUGCAAAGUUAACAAUGACUAAAAAAAUUAUUGUUUUAUUUUAGCUUCUGAGAUAUUAAAUUUGCAUCAAAGUAGGUAAAAAUUUGAAGUCCUCCUUUUUAAAAAACAACAUGGGUUUCCUGCUGGAAAAAUAUACAAUUUAUUAUACUUUAUUUUCUGCUAGAAUUAUGAAUAUUGCACUUUCUCCCCAUCUCAGAUUCUCACUGUAUUUUUCUGAUGAUGUUUUAGAAGGUGAUUAGAAAAUUAUGAGCUACUAAGCCACUAAUAGGCAAAGAGACAUCAGAGACUUCUCACGGACAACUCAUCCUAGAGACAACACAAGUUUUUAGAUCAACAAAGCACAGACUGCAGCAAGAAGCCAGACCCUGAGGCUCGUGCGACCUCCUCUGCACUGCCCCAGAGCGGCUGAUGCUGUAUUUGCCUUGUGUGCCAACCCACCUCCACAAGUGCUGAUGAAAGAUUUGAUGCUACAUUUCACACUAAUGUUUUAGUCAAUUCUUCGGGUCAUUGCCAAUAUCUGCCACCAGGCAUAUUUAAAAGCUCAUGCUACAUAGAUGUGCGCUGGUUUCCAUUUGAUGUUCAGAAGUGUAACCUGAAGUUUGGAUCUUGGACUUAUGGAGGCUGGUCCUUGGACUUACAAAUGCAAGAAGCAGAUAUAUCUGGCUAUAUUUCAAAUGGAGAGUGGGAUUUAGUAGGAGUUCCUGGGAAAAGAACUGAGAGUUUUUAUGAAUGUUGUAAAGAACCCUACCCAGAUGUAACAUUCACAGUAACUAUGAGACGUAGGACACUCUAUUACGGACUCAAUCUUCUUAUUCCUUGUGUACUGAUAUCGGCACUUGCUUUGUUAGUUUUUCUGCUUCCAGCAGACUCAGGAGAGAAGAUCUCACUAGGUAUAACGGUUUUAUUGUCUCUCACUGUCUUCAUGUUACUUGUGGCUGAAAUUAUGCCAGCAACAUCUGAUUCUGUGCCCUUAAUUGCUCAGUAUUUUGCCAGCACUAUGUUCAUUGUUGGUCUUUCUGUUGUUGUCACUGUGAUUGUUCUACAAUACCAUCAUCAUGAUCCAGAUGGGGGGAAAAUGCCUAAAUGGACAAGAAUCAUCCUUCUCAACUGGUGUGCUUGGUUCCUGAGGAUGAAAAGGCCAGGGGAAGAUAAAGUGCGUCCUGCUUGUCAACAUAAACGGCGUCGAUGUAGCCUAUCAAGUGUGGAGAUGAACACUGUGAGUGGACAGCAAUCCAGUAAUGGGAAUAUGCUAUACAUUGGGUUUAGGGGGCUGGAAGGGGUUCACUGCACACCUACCACUGAUUCAGGGGUGAUCUGUGGGAGGAUGACCUGCUCACCAACAGAUGAAGAAAACCUGCUGCACAGUGGCCACCCCUCUGAAGGUGACCCAGAUUUGGCUAAGAUCUUGGAAGAGGUCAGGUACAUUGCCAACCGAUUCAGAGACCAGGAUGAAGAAGAAGCUGUCUGCAAUGAAUGGAAGUUUGCAGCCUCUGUAGUGGAUCGGCUCUGCUUGAUGGCUUUUUCAGUCUUCACAAUCAUUUGUACAAUUGGUAUUUUAAUGUCAGCACCAAACUUUGUAGAGGCUGUGUCUAAAGAUUUUGCUUAACUCCUAACUACAAUCUGAUUCUCUGAAGCAUGGUAUGUAGCAAAUAAGUGCGUGAUUUUUGUUUGAUUGCUUGUUUUUAAUGAGUAUACUGCUUCUCAUUGUCUGCUUGCUUUUACCCCCCCCUCUGGUCCUGAGUUCCUUUCAGAAGAGUGGCACCAUUUCAGAAGGGAAGCCAAGGAUUUCUCACUGGGCUGCCUGCAUGCAGCUCCUCUGAGCACUCUUCUGUAAGAGAUGCAAAGUGGCUGUGAGUCCCUUCAGAAUGACAGGGUAUUGCACCACUGUCUCUUAAAAAUUUUUGAAAUGGCUAUUACAAAAUAAGUUAGGUGAUGCCAGAAAAGUCACUUCUUCCAGUCUUUAUUAUAAAAGAUAGAAGGUAGUCCAUCUUAACUCUUUGAAUGAGUGGUUGUAUACACUUAUGUUUAGGAGAGGAUUAAAUACAAAUAGAUGGAAGCUCAAACAGCAGAGGGAAAGGGAGAAAUAGGUUGCUGAAAAGCUUCUUACUGAGUUGUGGUAUGUAGUUCUCCAGCUCACUCAUAACCAGUCAGACCCGUAAUUCCUUCCAUACAUUUUACAUGAGCAUAUGUGACUUUACAGGAUUCUGAAUUUGUCUGAGACACCAGAAACCUAAAAGUUAAGAUGAUACACCACAUAACUUGCCCUUCUGUAUUUUUCUGGAUUUGACCUAGAAGUUUGGCCUGAAUUCUUAAACAGGCUUCACAGUAAUUUUUGCAGUGUUUACUACUACUUCGUUCUCCCCAGAAAGACACUCUUUCAACUAAUGACUUUUUCAACUAUCAGAAAGAAAAUGAAGGAUUUAUAACGCCUUUAUCCUCACUUGUUUAAAAAAAAUAAUAAAAAAUACACACACUUGUCUCUUUACUAUUAAUCGGAUUCCAAUGUGGAAAAAGUAACUCAGUGUUAAGCAUAAAUGAAGAAUCUAAAGCAAAAACAAGCUAUUAAAUCCUGAAACCAAGGUUUUAAUUUAAAAAUUAAAAGUUUGAUCUGUUGUAUGCUUAGCCUUUUAUAGACCUCCUCCUGUUGAGUAACCAUAAUGUGUCUUUAUAAGAAAACUGCACCUUUUCUGCUUAGUUUAUAAUAUGAAAAGCACUAAUGAAUAAUAAAGCUUUCUUGGGUCUGAUAUGAACCAUGAACUAUAUAAAUAUGUAUUUAUAUAUACAUACUGCAUAUAUGUCCAAGGAAAAGAUAAGACUUAAAUACAAAUUCUCUUCAGUUUUGCAAAGGCAAAACUAAUAGCUCAUCGCUUUACGUGAUUUCUGACUCUGAAAUUCUCCCAUCAAAAUACGCUUAGUUGUCAUGUGACUCUGAUGUCUUGAAGAGGGCUGAGCUGAAAAUACUAGGACAUGAAACUUUGUGUGUACAAAACAGCUGAGAAUUAGUCUCUUGCUGGCACAGCAGUAUUCCUGACCAGUGACAUUAGUAAAAGAUGUGGGGGACGAUUACUUUAGCAUGAACUGCUUGCUUUAUCCUACAGAAUCCUGACUUUUUGGCUGAGGUCUUCAGAGACACAAAUGGAGGCCUGUUGUUGUACCAUGUUUUUACUGUGAAAUAAACUGAAGGCCUCAGUUUCUCUCUUAAACUGGAUUAAAAUAAAGUGACUGAAAUGCUUAUUCUCCCUAGGUGACAGUUUCCCUUUCAGAGUCUGCUCCCCUGAAAACAGGAGAAUCAAAUUUCAUGUAAACCAAGCCCAGAGUCACCACAGGUACAGUCCAUCACCUGAGUGAAUACCUUGCUCAAGGUGUUCUCUUCAUGUCAGAGAAAAGGGCAGGAGGAGUGAAAGGAAGGCAGGAUAUUUCUCACAGUUUGUGAAUUCUGUCUUCCUGAAGGUUCAUUCAGAAUCUCACACUACAAAGACAUGAGCAAAGCAUUCAAAGCUCAUUGAGAGCUCAUCUUGAAACCAUGUCUCAGUUAUCUGUGAAGAAGUUAUAUUUUCAGGAACAAUUACUAAGAAUUAGCCAUGCAGUAAUUCCUCCAAAUAGUUUCUAGUUUGUAGACUGCAUAUGAAUAGGAAACUAUGAGUCCAAAAUCUGAAAUGUGAGUUUUGUUCAUUUGUGAAUAACUAUCAUGUGGCAUGUGCUGCUCUUCUGAGUAAUGUUUCUAGUCUAGGCUUCCUGAUGCGAAUGUUGAUCUGCAUUGGUAUUUUUUCCUUCUGCAAGUAUCCCUAGGUAGAAUGUUCCAUUUAGUGUUUGUAAAGUUUUGGGGUCCUCUUGGAGAAUAAUUUUUCAUUAAGACUUUUGGGCACUACCUUGUACAAUGGGAAACAACUACUGCAAUUAUAAUACAUGACACAUGUAAUAUAGGAAGCAUGACAGCACCCCUCUUUUCACCAGAACCCAUUUACAGUAUCUGUAGAAAUAAUCUUGCUAAAUACAGGAGUUCUUUACAGAAGGAUGGAGAAAGCAAUUUGCAAUUUGACAGUAAACUUCAUUAUCAUUAUGACAGACAUGCCUAUGCUUAAAAAAUGGAGACUAGUAUUUGGCCUUUAGUGAAGUCCCGCCAAAGUCUAUAACACUGAGUUUGUAAUACUGUCAAAGUUUGUAAUACUGUCCGCGAAUACCUCGUGUUAGACACAGUAGCUGUAAGACACCAGCAUCAAGCCUACGCUACUGCCUUUAUCAUUGGCAGAGUAAAUGAAAAUGCACCAAGGGGCAAGUGAAUCCUAAUUUUCCUACUGUUCCCAGACUGUUAACAUUGGGUAAUAAGAUUAUUAUAAAUUUUAAAUGCAACAGCGACAACUUCUCAGUUACAUUCUUUUGCGUCUAUGACUUAAAUUUUCCCAUAACUGAGCUGAGCAAAACUGGUAUGUUUCUUGUCCAUUUGUGUGCGUCCUGAAUAUAUUUGUGUAUGCACUAAACAAUAUUUUGAUCUAAAUGCUGGGAAAGAUAUUUAUUUACAAUUCUGGGCAUAGCGAUGGAAAUUAAAUACUGUAUACAGUAUGUGUAUAUAAUAUUAAAGACUACAUAUGGUGGAUGAUAAGGAUCUGUUAUAAUCUUAAGAGUCCAGAGUAUAAGUGGUUCACCAUAACUAAGCUAUGACUGUCUGACAAAUUCAAAAGCUCACUGUAGAGCUUAGCUGUCAUGUACAAUACUAUGUGUGAACAAUGUAUAUUACUUUUCUGUUUUUAUAUUGAAUUGUAUUGAAUAUUUAAAAGGCUUUUUAAUAUUUUUAAAAAAUUAUUUAAGUGUUAACACCAAAAAAGUUCCAAACGUAAAAUUUUAAAUGGUUAGUUUUAAAUACAGAUAAAUUAUUUAAACAGUAUUUAAAAUAUUAAAUUAUUUUAUAUAGGAAUUGAUAAUACUAUGUAAGACUUUUUUUAAAGGUUUCUUUAAAUUCUCUUUACAUUCUCUCUAGCUGAAGGAUGUAAUCUCAGUUCACCUGUGACAAUUCAACUUUUCACCUUCUUUAACAAGAAAAGAAGGUAAGCCAAAGUCCCAGAUUUUUUCCUUUUGUUGUACUAUUUUUUACAUUAAGAAACAUUGCAUAAAGGGCAUUAGAAAGAGAUGUUACAUCUGUCAGGUCCCGAUUGUCAUAUACGCAAUUCAAUACCUUUUCAGGCCAGUACAAAUAAAAGAUUUAGAUUAAGA